UCAUCCAUCUCUUCGCAAAUACAUAGCUAAACGACAUCCUUCACAUUGAAACAAACCACGCACACUCUUUACCUUCCUACACAGAGGACGGCAUGACACAACCACCACCCACACCCAAUGGACUCAACCAAACCCUCCUCGCCACCAUCACCAGCCUCGAAAACCUCGCCUACUCAACCCCCUACCUCCUGCACGACAAAGACCACCUCCGCAAGCGCCUGUACAAUGCUGUGCAUAAACUCCUCCCCGAGAUCGAGACCCCCACCGAGAUGGCGCAGCGUCUGCUGUACACUCCGUGCGAAAUGAUGGGCGCAAAAAUCGGCAUCGACAUGGGCGUUUUCGAGAUUCUGGCAAAGAGCGAAAAACCCUUGUCGACGGAGGAGGUCGCGAGAUUGUGUGACGUUGAGAUGGGUAUGACGGUGCGCUUGUUGCGGUUUCUGGGGUCUUUGGGGAUGGUUCGCGAGAUGGAUGGUGAGGAGGAUGGGCAGUUUUGGGGUCCUUCGAAUAGGACGAGGAAUCUGGCGAUGAGGGAGAUUGCUGCGGGUGUGAAUCACAAGCACGACAAUGUGAUGCCCGCCUGGCAUGCGCUUCCGAGCUGGUUGAGGCGCCGCGGUUACACGGUACCGAUCAUGACGACGGAUACACCGUUUGCGCAAGGCCAUGGUGUUGAGCCGCAACAGUCGUUUUACGACUGGUUGCAGGAGAGGCCGUGGAAUGCGAAUGAGUUUAAUCUGUUUAUGCGAGUGCAUCGUCUGGGUGUACAGUCUUGGAUGGAUCUGGAGGAGAGAUAUGCAUUCGUUGAUGUCGGAGGUGGAAUUGGGUUGCAGUCCAAGGCACUUGUGCAGAGAUACCCGAACACCUUCCAUGGCAAGAUAAUCCUCCAAGAUCUGCCGGAAGUAAUCGCAAAGGCACACACCGAAAACUCCGGUAUCAAUGUCAUGGCCGUAGACUUCUUCAAGAGUCAGCCUGUAACAAAUGCAAAAAUCUAUUACCUCCGCAGCAUCCUCCGAAACUGGCCUGACCCCCAAGCCCUCCUCAUCCUAUCGCAUAUCCACGCCGCUAUGUCGUCCUCCUCGCACCUCAUCAUCGACGACAUUGUCCUGAGCGACAAGAACGCAAGUAAAUACGAGACCCAGCUCGACAUGACGAUGCUUGCAAUGUUGAACGGCCAAGCGAGGACGGAGAGCCAUUUCCGCCAAUUGCUGGAGGAAGCGGGUCUUUGUGUGGAUAAGGUUCUGGUGUAUGAGAGUGAGGGCAGGGAGGCCGUUGUUGUCGCGAGGAAGGCGUGA